GCCAUGAGACUAAUGUGAAGCGUUUCUUCUUUCCUGGAAUGGUGAAAUUUGAGGGCUUGUUGAUGCAGCAGGUGAGUGAGGAGAAAGAGCUUAACAGAAAGGGUAAAAGUCUUGAAGAUGAAGAGGUUGAGGAACUAAGACAUGAGUUAGAUGCACAGAUAAAAGUGAGAACUGCCCUUCAUGCUGCCCUGCAAGCCCCGGUCAGCUCUCGUCCCAAACUCUCUUCCCUCCCUCCCAUGGUCCAACAACUCAUUGAAGAGGUCAUGUACAUUGAGGAAGAGAUCUUCUGGUUGGAGAGAAAAGUUGAAAACUUGAAACUUAGCCUGUUACGCGAGAAGGCAUUGACGAAGGGUCAGGAAAGACGUUAUCACCACCGAAGGAUGUUAAUUCCCAGACCCACAGAUUCAUACCCUACUCAGUCUCAUGAAGGAAGUGUAAAGUGCAAAACUAGAAGAAAUGGGAGAGGUUCCAUCUGUUCACCGGUGGAUCUCAGAAGCUCUUCUUCUACAAUGUCUAACAAUGGAGAUGUUGGGGAGAGCUCAAGGAGUUCAAGAAGCAGGAGAUCCCAUACUCAACAAGACCUAAAGACCAGUUCUGAGAAACCUAAUAAGCUUUCGGAAGAACUGAUAAGAUGUCUAGUAAAUAUCUUACUCAAACUAAACAAGGCAUCACUCGAGAGUCGAGGGUCAGCUGUUUUUCGAAAGCAUCAGCAGACGCUUUCCAACAAGAAAUCCAAAAAAUUCAUGUCAAGAACCUCAUUGAGCUGUACAACAUUAUGCACCUUUUCCUUCAACGACUAUGCUUCAAACCUCGACCCUUAUGGGAUUUUGCAAGAUUCUGAUGGCAGUAUCACACAGAUUGGGUCAUACAAGAAUUUCAUUGAAGUCUCACGAAGCUCACUCGAUACCAAGCAUAUUUCUGAGUGUCUUCCAGAGAUGGGAAAAUUACGGAUUUUGCUUCAUAAACUCAAAAAUGUGGAUUUGUCUUACUUGACAAACAAGCAGAAGUUAGCAUUCUGGAUUAACAUCUACAAUGCCUGCAUAAUGCAUGUACUGUGUUUCUGCAGCACGGUUUACCUUUAUCAGGGGAAGAUCAAGUGGCAUUUAUGAACAAGGCUGCAAUAAAUGUAGGUGGAAUUAUAUUAAAUGCAUUGGCCAUUGAGCAUUUCAUCCUUAGGCAUCCAUCUGACAGUGAAUAUGACCUGAAAGAUGAGAAGGGAAUCAUGCUAAGGAGUGUAUAUGGCCUGGGUUACCCAGAACCAAACAUCACUUUUGCACUUUGCCGGGGCAGCUGGUCAUCACCAGCACUGAGGAUUUAUACGCAUGACGUUGUGAAUGAAUUGGAGAGAGCAAAAGUUGAGUAUUUGGAGGCUUCAGUUGGAGUUUCGAGCAGCAAGAAGAAGAUAAUGGUUCCCAAGCUGAUGCGGUGGCAUAUGAGAGAUUUUGCAGAUGACAUGGAGUCACUAAUAGAAUGGAUUUACAGCCAAUUACCACAUUCUUGCACACUGAAAGGAUUAAUAAUGGAGUGUCUAGAAGGGGGGAAGAAAACACCAUUGGCUAAAAUGAUUGACAUCCAACCCUAUGUUUCUGAGUUUCGAUAUCUCUUGCUUUUAUAGAUACAGCAAGAAAGCAUCAUUAAAAUAGAGCAGAUAAUUGUCUCCGUAAAUAGAAACUACUCCCUUUGUCCCCCCAAAAAUAGUUCUGCUUGUAGUACAAACAACUCUUGUCUAAAAUGGAUGCA